ACAAUUUGACCGCCUCACUGUUCUCUCUAUAAAUCGCAUAAAGCAGCAAGUACGAAUUAUUCGCUGCAGCUACAUCGACUGACGCUUGUUCUAAUGUUUAAGCCCGAGUCAAAAAUGAAGUCGCUGUUCGUGGUUCUCGUCGCCCUGUUCGCCUGUGCCGCUGCAAGAAGUGCGCCUCCAAGGAGAGAGAUUGUAAAGAAUGACAUCGAUAAUUUUGCUAGAGAUCUUAUUGACGAACACGGUACGGUGGCACCGUCUGUAGGACCAGCUCCUCCAAGCCUCAAAAAGUACUUCGACGAUAUAGCUCAAAAAAUCAUCUCGUACAUGGCCAUACAACAUGGGCUUAUAAAAUCCUGGGUUGGAGAGCAAUUCCGCGAGGUCGUGGCCGCUAAACUCAAGGGGAAGUUCCAGAAAUUCAAAGAAGAGCAAGAGAAGGCUUGGGAAAAUUUCGAGGAGAACAAGGACAAGCUUACAAAGGAGGAGAUCGUGGCGAAGAUAGAGAAAACGCACAAGGAUGCAAUGGCCUUCAAAAGCAGUGUGAGGGCUGAAAUCCACGCCCACUUAGUACAGUUACAAGAUUAUUUGGCGAAAAAGGGUAUCAAGGACGAAGAGUUGGAUAAAAGCGUUGCUGGUUUGGAAUAGACACCCGAAUGGACGUGCCGAACACUAAAUGGAAAACCCGAACACCCGAAUGGACAUCCCGAAAACCCAAGGACAUCCCAGCGACCCUAUCAAGCCUCCUAAACAUCUAAUGGACAUUCAGCUAUAAAAGGAAUAUACCGAAUCUAGGCAAAACAUUCCACAAUUUGUAGAUUUAGUAGAUCAAUUUUUUGAAUUAAAAAAGCAUUAAAAAGCUUGAAUAAAGCCACCACUUAUGUUCUA